UAAUAGAACUUCCUGUAUGAAUCAUUUACUGCGUCAUAGGUUUAAAUAAAUACGAACGCUUAUUUAUUAAAAAGCAAAACAAUACGUUUUAAACAGUAUAAAACGUUUUAAACGAAUAGACUAUUGGACUCUUACGUUUAUUGAAAGAUUUUGUAGAGAGGGAAACCAUAGCUGAAUUUCUUUAAGAUGGAUACCUGUUCCUCUCAACAAUCCGUUGCGUCAAACUGUUUAUAUUCAUUCUUCUAUGGCUCUAUCAUACGGACUAUUGAACAGCUCGCGAAAACAGAUGUAGAAUACGCGCAUAGGAAUCAUAAGUUGCAGGGCACAAAACCAGGUGGAUGUAAUGGUAUUUUGUACAAAGCGCAAGAUGCAAGAACUAUCAGAGUUGUAGGAGAAUUUCCAACAAACGACUCUAUGAGGAGAAUUCAGACCAUCACAAGCUUGUUAAAGAUUUUAAAUGAAAUUGAAUCUUUCGAUGGAAUUUACAUGAAAAGGGACGGGAUAUACUUAGUAUUCCAUUCCUCAAAGGAAUAUCAAAAGGAAUCAGCUGGAUACAGCGGUGUCCCUCUGGAAAUCGCCUGCCGUUUCUAUUCUACUCUUUCCGUAUUUGUUCCUAGUAGCGGUACAAAGUGUUGUAUCAAAAACCAAACUUCAAUGUUUCUUUUUGAACGGCUAGAUGACUCUUUGAAUGCAAGUAAAGACAACAAGAAGUUUUUUGAAGCAAUGUAUGGGUUUUUGAUAAACAUUAGUGAACCUUUGAAAGACAUACAAACUCUUGUAAAUCUGAUUAUUAGUGAAGCUAAUAUAGUAUCAUUGGCAAGACAUCAACGAGCUGAAACUGUAAGCAUUCACGGAACGCAAUUGAUUGAUAGGAACGAAAUACGGACGAGGGUUUUAACUGCAGCCCCAGUACACAGGGAGAUUCACAAUAACCCUGUUACAAGAAGCAAUGAAGACACAGGGAACAAUCAGACACAUAACGACCAGCAGCCUUUUAACAGUAGUUUGUCAACUUCGCAGGAUGAUCUUUCUAUUCGUUAUCCUCCUAAUCUGUAUCAUGCACUACCAUCAGGAUCGUUAGAUAAUAGAGCUACGACCGAUGGAGGAACAAACAGUUUUAAUAUGAACAGUUAUCGUCCGAACGAGACAUCGCUGGCAACUGAGUACCAACCUUCAAUUAUUGCACAAGCAACGCCGGACGACAGCGAAGUAAUGUUUCAAAGAAGUCUUCAUUCAGUAAGCAGUACAGAUGAUCGUUCAUCAACGGAACAGAUACGACAUAAUAUGUCAAGUGUCAGCGAACAACAUAAGGUAUUCGAUCGACAUUCAGCUGGCAGAAUACCGCAGACUUCACCUCGACCGAGAGCCCGAUAUCCAGCAUACGGGGACAAUAUGACACGUCUCGGAAGCUAUUCGUCGUGGGGGAGGCAGCUACCGACCCCGUUUGCCUUAACAUCGGCUGGAUUCUUCUUCACAGGUGAAGACGACUUGGUAAGAUGUUACGAAUGCGGAAUCGGGCUAAAAGAUUUCAGUGAGGGAGACGACCCCUUGCGGGAACAUGCUCAACACGCACCUAGGUGUCGAUUCAUUGCUGACUAUUUCGGAAGCCAGGCCAAUAUAGACGCUUACACUAGGCGAAUGGAAGACCCAGACGAGAUACGAAGAAGGGGAUUAACUCGGUUUCUAAAUGCAAAAGGUACUUCUGUGACACGGUAUAAAGCUAGGAGCGAGAGCUUCCGGUCAUUUGAUUCAAGACUUUCAUCGUACAGAACAUGGCCUACGACUACUGUUCAAAGGCCAUUUCAGCUAGCAGAGGCGGGCCUGUAUUACACGGGCCGAGAAGACCACGUUCGUUGUUUUGCUUGUGAUGGCGGUUUGCGGAGAUGGGAUCCGGAAGAUGACCCAUGGAUCGAGCACUGUAAAUGGUUUCCGGCAUGUCCGUUCGCGCGGGAGGAAAAGGGGGACGAAUACAUUGCUCUAGUUCAAGCUACCAUAGACAACGAUUUAACAUAUAGCGAACCAAAUGGUUGCAGUGAACAAACAAGUACCUUACAGUCCAAUACUGACCUAGUUGCAGGAAUAGGGAAUUUGGCAAUCGAUAGUACAGAUAUUGAAGAGCUUAGAAAAACAUGCACUGUGGAUAUGGGGUUUUCUAAGACAGACUUUGACAAGGCGAUCUCUGACUUAGCUGGAAGAGGAAACUCGCGUCCGACCAUCGAAGACGUAAUUUCUGCAUUUGAGGUCCUUGGUCAGCGACAGGAAAACUAUACGGCAAAUCAAAGAAAAGAAAAUUUACUUGAAGAAAACCAGCGUCUUCGCAGCAUGCUGCUGUGUUUUAUCUGCCAAAGAAACCAAGUGAACGCCUUAUACCUUCCGUGCACAGACCAUCGAUUGUGUAUGGAUUGUGCCAGAGAAUAUUCCACAACAUGCCCUGUGUGCCAAAGACCCGUCAAAGAUAUAAUUAAAACCUUUAUGAGUUAAGGAGAAAACGUGUGCCAUAUACAUGUUUGCUGAGGUCAAUCGGAGACGGACUUGGCUAGCCAACGAUCAUCCAACCAGUAUAUGGAUCGUAUGACCAAACACUAGACGCAACUGACUACACGGGAAGUGGACCUAAGGGUGAACAGUAAUAAGGGAAAUGGGCGUAUAGCGCAUGAAGUAAAAAACAAAGUGGACAUACUUAUAAAGGUAUUGAUUGAAGUGACAUAAAGUACGGUUUUUAAUGAGCAAUGUGGGGAAAGAAAGCCUCAAAAGAGAAAAGGAGAGUACAUUGAGCGUACAAAACGGGAACUAAUACGAAAACGUGGGAGGAGAUGAUUCUGACAUCGAAUCCGAAGUUUCCUGUAAAAGGCAUUUCUGGUGGAUGCAGUGUUGAGUAACCUUAUUACAGGAUUCGGAUUCACGAGAGAAAUACGAACUGUCUGACUGCGAACUACCAUUUUAGUGCCUGAUAUCAAACAAG